AGGCUCACAUUAGUCACGAAGGGCCCCAGAUUCAAUGCGAGGGGGGAAGGGAACAAGAGAGGGCGACACGUUUAGCACCGGGACUCGUGCCAUUUCCUCGGGUGACGCCAAAUCGAGUUGGUCAAGGAGAUGCAUCCGGGCUAAGCAGCCUCCGGCGCACGCCCUCACCGUGGUGUGGACUGCGGACCUGAUGACGGGCGUAGCUUUGCUCUAGCAUCUGCAGUGCCAGAGAUUGGACUCGAACUUGGGACCACAUUGAUGAGCCCUGCCCUAAGCUCUGAACCACCUCCCAGCCAUAGAAGAAUAACUUGCUUUUUGCUUUUGAAUUGCCACUUUACAAACGACCAUGGCAGCCCGAGUACUUGUGGUUGGCAGUGGAGGAAGGGAACACACACUGGCCUGGAAACUUGCACAGUCUGAUCAUGUCAAACAAGUGUUGGUUGCCCCAGGAAACGCAGGAACUGCCUGUUCUGGAAAGAUCGCAAAUACUGCCAUCUCAGUCAGUGAUCACGCUGCCCUGGCUCAGUUCUGCAAAGAUGAGAAAAUUGAUUGCGUGAUUGUUGGACCAGAGGCACCUCUGGCUGCUGGCAUCGUUGGGAAUCUGACAUCUGCAGGAGUGCACUGCUUUGGCCCCACAGCAGAAGCGGCUCAGUUAGAGUCCAGCAAAAGGUUUGCCAAAGAGUUUAUGGCCCGGCACGGAAUCCCGACCGCACGCUGGAGAGCUUUCACCAAGGCUGACGAAGCCUGCGGCUUCAUUAUGAGUGCAGACUUCCCUGCUCUGGUUGUGAAGGCCAGUGGUCUUGCAGCUGGGAAAGGCGUGAUUGUUGCCAAGAGCAAGGACGAGGCCUGCAAAGCUGUGGAGGAGAUCAUGCAGGAUAAAGCCUUUGGAGCAGCUGGAGAAACAGUUGUCAUUGAAGAACUUCUUGUCGGAGAAGAGGUGUCUUGCCUGUGCUUCACUGAUGGAAGGACGGUGGCCGCCAUGCCCCCAGCCCAGGACCAUAAGCGACUGCUGGAGGGAGACCAGGGCCCCAACACUGGGGGGAUGGGCGCCUACUGCCCGGCGCCUCAGGUCUCCAAGAAUCUGUUACUGAAGAUUAAAAAUGCCAUUCUCCAGAGGACAGUGGAUGGCAUGAAGCAGGAAGGCAUGCCCUACACAGGCGUCCUCUAUGCUGGUAUAAUGCUAACCAAGGAUGGGCCCAAAGUUCUGGAGUUUAACUGUCGUUUCGGGGAUCCAGAGUGCCAGGUGAUCCUCCCACUUCUUAAAAGUGACCUUUAUGAAGUGAUCCAGGCGACCUUAGAUGGCCGGCUCCAUGAGGUCGAGCCUGUUUGGCUUGAAAACUGCACUGCCCUAACCAUUGUCAUGGCGAGUAAAGGGUAUCCGGGAGACUACGCCAAGGGUCUGGAGAUAACAGGGCUUCAGGAGGCUCAGGCGUUGGGACUGGAGGUGUUCCAAGCAGGCACUGCCCUAAAAGAUGGCAAAGUGGUGACUAGUGGGGGUCGAGUGCUCACUGUCACAGCCACCCGGGAAGAUCUGACCUCAGCCCUUGACGCGGCCAAGAAAGGACUGGCUGCAGUAAGGUUCGAGGGAGCCGUGUAUAGGAAGGACAUCGGCCACCGUGCCAUAGCGUUCCUCCAGCAGCCCAGGGGCCUGACAUAUAAGGACGCCGGUGUGGACAUUGCAGCUGGAAAUAUGCUCGUCCAGAAAAUUAAGCCUUUAGCAAAGGCUACAUCCAGACCAGGCUGUGAUGUUGAUCUUGGAGGUUUUGCUGGUCUUUUUGAUCUAAAAGCAGCAGGUUACAAAGAUCCUCUUCUGGCCUGUGGAACAGAUGGUGUUGGAACUAAACUAAAGAUCGCCCAGCAGUGCAAUAAACAUGAGACCAUUGGUCAAGAUUUGGUCGCCAUGUGCGUGAAUGACAUUCUGGCACAAGGAGCAGAACCCCUCUUCUUCCUCGAUUACUUUUCCAGUGGAAAACUUGACCUCAGUACAACCGAGACUGUCAUCGCUGGAGUCGCUAAAGCUUGCCGGAUAGCUGGGUGUGCUCUGCUUGGAGGCGAAACGGCAGAGAUGCCAGACAUGUAUCCUCCCGGCGAGUAUGACCUGGCCGGGUUUGCCGUCGGUGCCAUGGAGCGGGAUCAGACACUCCCUCACCUGGACAGAAUCACAGAAGGGGAUGCCGUCAUUGGAGUAGCUUCUUCCGGUCUUCACAGCAAUGGAUUCAGCCUCGUGAGGAAAAUCGUAGAGAAAUCCUCCCUCCGGUACUCCUCUCCAGCACCUCACGGCUGUGGUGACCAGACACUAGGGGACUUACUUCUAACCCCGACCAGAAUCUACAGCCACUCACUGUUACCAAUCCUCCGUUCGGGACGUGUCAAGGCCUUUGCCCAUAUCACUGGUGGAGGAUUACUAGAAAACAUCCCCAGAGUCCUCCCCGCGGAGUUAGGAGUAGAGUUAGAUGCCCAGACCUGGAGAGUCCCUAGGAUCUUCUCGUGGUUACAGAAGGAAGGACACCUCUCAGAAGAGGAGAUGGCCAGAACAUUUAACUGUGGCGUUGGAGCUGCCCUCGUGGUAUCGGAGGAUCAAGCAACGCAGGUUCUGCAGAAUAUUGAGCAGCACAAGGAAGAAGCCUGGGUGAUUGGCAAAGUGGUUGCGUGUCCAGAAGGUUCUCCUCAUGUGAAGGUCAAGCAUCUGAUUGAAACCAUCCAAAUGAAUGGAUCAGUUUUGAAGAAUAGCGCCCCUUUGGGAAAUGGGGUCCAGCUGGAGAAUGGUGCCCAGAAGAAUCAGUCCACUGUUCAGCCAAAAAAGGCCAGAGUGGCUGUUCUGAUAUCUGGAACAGGAUCAAACCUCCAGGCUCUCAUAGAUAGUACUCGGGAACCGAAUAGCUCGGCUCACAUUGUCCUUGUCAUCUCCAACAAGGCAGCAGUGGCUGGAUUAGAUAAAGCAGAACGAGCUGGAAUUCCCACCAGAGUGAUUAAUCAUAAGUCGUAUAAAAGUCGUGAAGAUUUUGACACUGCAGUUGACCAAGUCCUUCAGGAAUUCUCCACAGACAUAGUUUGUCUGGCAGGAUUCAUGAGAAUCUUAUCUGGCCCCUUUGUUAAAAAGUGGAAUGGGAGGAUGCUCAAUAUCCACCCAUCCUUGCUGCCUGCGUUUAAGGGCUCAAACGCGCAUGAGCAGGCCCUGGCUGCCGGAGUCACAGUCACCGGGUGCACCGUGCACUUUGUAGCCGAAGACGUAGAUGCUGGACAAAUCAUUUUACAAGAAGCUGUUCCUGUGCAGAGGGCUGACACUGUUGCAACACUGUCUGAAAGAGUGAAGUUAGCAGAGCAUAAAAUAUUUCCCACAGCCCUCGAGCUGGUGGCCAGUGGAACAGUACAGCUUGGAGAAAAUGGCAAGAUCUGUUGGGCCAAAGAGAAGUGAAGCCUCCCGCUUCAGGAAACAAAGGCCCCCAGCUCUUCCGAUUGACAGUCUCCACCAAAAGGAGCCUGGACUCUGUACGGUGGCUGAUUCCAUAUCCUGAGACAAAAAGAGAUUCCCAACAGUGUCUGAUAUAUUCUGGGUUGCCAGAAUUACACAAACAAAUGCAGUCGAAAAUAGCAGGCCGGACAGCUGAGGAACAAAGGAGUUCCCACUUUUUUAUCCAGUGAACAGUGUUGAGCGAUCACUGGUUCACUGCCCACAAGAGGUCACUUAAAUUUAAAAAGGUCACUUUCUCCUGAAAGUCAAACUGCAGAGAAGUACACGGUGUUCGAUUAUUUUAUUUUAUUUUUUUACUGUAAUACAUAGGACUGUCUUCUAUUCAAAGGUGUUGCCGUUUCUGUUUGUGUGUAAGAAGGAAUAAAACUUGUACCUUCAUUGUGGAGAGCUGGGAAGGGAGGCGGCCAGCUUUAAUCAGCUCUCAAAACGAAAGCCAAGUCUUCUGAAGAAUGUCCCCAUCCAAGGGACUCUCAGAUGUGACACACUGUUUUGGUUUGGUUUUUUGUAACCACAAGGCUUAUCAGUGGAGCUUGGUACCAGCACUAUGAA